AUGGCCAUAUCUAUAAACGCUCUAUGUGGUCGAGAUAUGGUGACGGAGGAAGAGACGAACAACUCAAAGAAGGCAGCGUUUAUGGAGGAUUACGGAGCAAUAGAAAAUACGCGCGGCCGAGUCCUGCGCUUCCUAUAUACGGAAAGUUCGGGCACGAUUGCAUCGAUGGAUUUUCGAACUGGUGUGGAAACUGUGUCGCGCAGAACCACAUUGGGCUUCAAAACUGGUGUGAUCCAGCCCUUCAAAGAUGCUACAGCGCUGGACAGCAUGAAGACGCAAGUCACCCAUCUUGUCACCGCGCCCACCUCAUCCUACCUGUGCAUCGAGAACGCCCAGCUGGCCGUUAAUGGUCUGUUGGAGAAAGACGAAUUGAGGAUGCCCGAACAAACGCAAACCACUCGUCCGUCACAACGUGAACACCAGGACGUAGCGGAGGAGCUCCCAUCGGGGAAUGCUAUUGGAGGAAUUGAAAAUCCAGCGUUGGGCUGCUACAUAAUUGCAACUGCGCAUGCCAUUCGCGCAUGUACUACCGUAAGCAAGAUGCUUCAAGAAGCUGCCAGCAAGUGCGAGGAGGUUGAAAUGUGGAAAAGCUUCGGUGUAUUGGUGGCGAAACUAAAUGAGACAGAGGGCGGUACGGUGCCAGCCAGUUCAUCACCGCCGUAUUCGCAGAUAUGCGAAGAUCAGAAGUAA